AUGAACAACCAAAACACAAUUAUUAUCAAGAAUUUCUUUAGUGUCUUUUAUUUGUUUUUAGUGCUUAAUUUAGCUAAAAGUUCUUUUUAAAAUUACAAGGAUGCGAUUUUAACAUCAGGUUUAUAAGUGACAGAGGAAUCAAUUAAUAUAAUAAAUGAGGAUGACAACGAUACUUAUUGUAUAGGAUUCUGGAGUAUGAGUAUUCCUUUACAAAUUCCAAAAAGAAAUUUUGAUAUUGAAAUACCAUAUGAUUUAGAGUAACCAGAAAAUGGUGAAUUAUUAUUGUUAGUCAAAGAUUCUGAUACUAAUGAUAACCUAAUUGUGGUUUCUAAGAUAUUGGAUUAUUCUAAUAGGUAAGUUUAACACAUAAUAUAAUUUAUAAAUCACGAAACAAGUUUCAACUUUAUCUUUAAGUUUAAUGGUUUAGAUUAUGAAGGAUAAUGGAUAUUUCAUUUAAUUUCCAUACAACCAAUAAACGGAGUUGUUAUAGUUGAAGCAAGUGAUUAAAAUAAAUAAUUUCAAAUUUUGUCUUCCAAAGUUUAGCAAAAUUUAAAAAUUAUUUUAGGAGGCAGAGGCUAUGUAAAUAUAUUUAUAUAAUUAUUAGAUAAAUGGCUAGAACUUCAAUACAUUUAGAGGAUUGUUAUCAAAAUUAAUAUUUUUGCCAAACUUCAGUUAUUCAGACAUUUUAUUUGAAAAUACUUAAACGGAUAAUUAAAUUCCAUUAAAAUCUUUAAUCGAAGAAUAGAUAUAUAUCAUACAAGGUCUAUAAGAAUUUAAAGGAUAUUAGGCUUAAGAAAUAGCUAUUGAUUAAUAUGGAAAAAGGUAUUGUUUGUCUGGUUGGGUUAAAUAUAAUUAUUAAAAUACUGAAGAAGAAAAAUAUACAUUAAUACGAAUGACUAAUUUUUUAAAUUAUGAGGAUAAGUAAAAAUUAGGGGAUGAAUUAUUUGGUUUUGAGAUAUUGAUCUCAAAAUUCUAACCAUAAUUAACAAAGAUUUUUGUACAUGCUGAUGCUUAUAGUAUGCCUGUUUAAUAAUCAUUUGAAUCCUAAUAUGAUUUAACAUUUUAAGGAAUUUAGAAUGAGAAUUAUAAGGUAGUUUAAUCUACAAAGACAUUAGAGUACUUAGAAGAUUAUAGAUAUUAUGAAGGAUUAUAACAAUGGCAUUUUAUUUAAUAUGAAUAUGGUAGAAGUAAUUUUGAUGAAAAAAUGUUACUUUAAUUACAAUUUUAUAAUCAAUUAGGUUUGAUAAGAGAAUAAUUGGGAAAUGACAUUUUUAGAGGUUCAUUUAUAAAUAGCAAAUUUAAUAUAUUUUUAGGUGGAGAUAAUUUUAAUCAUAAUUUUUUAUAAGCUUAUGUUUAUGAUUUCAAAAUUGAAUAUAAUUAUUAUGAAGAUAAAGUUUUACUUUUAAGUAUAGAUCUAUAAAUUAUUUAGAUUGUCAUUAUUCUUGUUUAACAUGUAAAGGACCUUAAGAAAAUGAUUGUAUUAAUUGUGAUGAAAAUACUAAUAGAUAUUUUUAGAGUGAGGUUUCUAUGUGUAAAUGUAAAUAAGGAUAUUUCGAUUUUGGAUAGAGAAUUUGCACUAAUCAAUAUUAUUCAUCAGUUUCAAUUUAAGAAAUAGAAAUUUAAAUUCCCAAUAUUUGUCCAUUUGGUUAUUUCAAACUUCCUCUAAAUAAUACUAAUUAUAAAUGCAUAGAAUGGUAUAUUUUUAACUUAAUAAAUAUUUAGUCCUCAAAAAUUAAAGAAUUAAUUUAUAUGUGCAGAAUGCUAUUUCUAUUCUAAAACAUGGUACUUAAGACCAGUUUGUAAAUAGGAUCUUAUUACUUUAAAAAAUAAUAAAGAUGAUACAUUUCAUUUAAUUGCUAGAAAUCCAAUAGAUUAUGAUUUAUAUUCAAUCAAUUUGGAUAGAGAAUUGAUGUAUCAUUUUGAAUUUUAGGAUUAUUGUAUUUAUAAUGCUGCAACAAUGAAUCAGUGUUAUACAUUUCCUCAUUAUCAUUUAGGGAAUUAAGCAUAAAUGAUAUGUAAAGAAAAUUACUUUGUUGAUAUUGAUAAUUUUAGAUGUAUAAAAUUUAGACAAAAAUGUAAAGAAUUUGAUUCUUUAGGAAAUUGUUGGGGUUGUUUUCCUGGAAAAUACUAUAUUUGGAAUAAAUGUAUAGAAUGUCCUAUUGGAUGUUCUACAUGUGAGAAUCUAAAUUAUUAUGAAAAUCAACCUAUUUGUUAAACUUGUACAACAAAAUUCUAUAAUUUUAUUGAUGGAUAAUGUAAAAUGUGUGGUCAAUAUUGUGAAUUGUGUGAAAGAUAUUAUGAUGAUUAAAUUGAUUAAGAGUAUUUAAGAUGUAUAAAAUGUAUAGAUGAUUCAAAAUAUCACUUAUCUCUUGAUGGUAAAUAAUGUUUAUAUAAUUAAAUACCCAAUUGUAUUCAUGCAUUUUAAGCUUUACGUGAUGAUAUGACUAUAAAUACUCUUGAUCUUAAAUUUUAACCAUAAUUUGAUUACAAUCAAAUAAUAACAUUAUGUGCUAAAUGUGAAACAUCAUAUGUUUUUGUAUUUGAAAUUAAUAAAUGUAUUGAGAAUACUAAAGAAUAAGAUUGUUAAGUUGGUAUAGGAUAACUUAAUGAAAUUGAUCAAUCCUUAGAAUCUAUUAUAUGUUUAAGUUCAACUAAGUAAAAAAAUGAUGUAGUCUAAUUUACUGAAAAAUGUUUUAGUUAUAAUAAUAAUUGUUAAGUUUGUUUACAGACUCACAUUAUUGAUUCUUAUGCCUGUUUAGAAUGUGUGAAUGGUUAUUAUGUUUCAAUACCUUCUGGUUAAUGUAUAGGAUGUCCACCUGAAUUAAAAUGUAAAUCUUGUUAUUCAUAACAUUCUAUAUUAAAAGAUAGAUGGAAAAUAUUGGUAAGAUCAUUUUAUAGAAAAUAUAUUGAAAAUAAUAGUUUUCAUUAAUAUAUUGUAUAUGGUUAAACUUAAAAUUCUAAUGAUUAUGAAAUACUAUGCUCUUCUUGUAUAGAUGGUUUUAAAUUGCAUAAUAAUAUAUGUCUUGAAUAUUGUUAAGAUGAUUGUAUGGAAUGUAUAUUUUUGAAUGAUAAAUAUAUUUGUAAUAAAUGUUUUUAUGAAUAAAGGGGAAGAAGAUUGACAUUAAUUGAUAAUAAAUGUAUAGAAUGUCCUGAAAAUUGUGCUCUUUGUAGAAUUAGAACAAAUGAAGAAAUCUAAUAAAUCAAUCCUCUAUUUAAUAAUCCAAAAUAUAUUAAAUAUACAUAUUAAUGUAUCAAAAGUUACGAAGAUUAAAGUUAUUAUUAUGAUUAAGAUUUUGGAUUAUUUAUUGAAUGUAAAUAAAAUGAUUAAGGUAAUGGAUGUUAUAAAUAACUAAUUAUUACUUUAAAUCUAUAUUCUAAUUAUAAUGAAUAUUAUAAUGACUUAUUUGAAUAACCAGAUGAAGAAUCUAAGAUUAAAUUUUAAAAGGAAAAUAUAUUAAUUUCAAAUCUAUUAUCAUAUGAAAGUAGCUUUAUUGAAGUAAUAUUAAUAUUAUAAUUAUUUUUAGUUUGAAAAUGAUUAAUUUUACACAUUAGCUAAUUCUAAAUUAAUUAAGACUAUAAUAAUAAAAAUAAUAAGUAAAAAAUAAAUACGUAAUAAUUUAACUAAUGGUGGAUUAAUAGUAUCCAAAUUUUAACAGAACAUAUUUACAUUAUAGUAUUUAUAUUAAAUUAAUAAUUAGAAAAGUUGAAAUAGAAUUUAUCUUUGAACUUGAGACUAUUUUAUUACCUUAAUUUGAUUUCGAAUUCAUCAAUUUUUCAAAAAUUACUCUUUAAAAUAUUAGACUAGAAAUCACAUCACCAUCUAAAUUUAUAUUUAAAAGCUCUUUUCCACAAACAAUAAUAUUAAAUGAUAUUUCAUUUGAAAUAGGUAAUUUAGUUAAUUUUCAUUAUGUAAAUUUUUAAUUUACUUUCAAUAAUGUAAGCACUCUUUUGGUUAAUAAUAUGUAUUUUUAUAAUAUUUCAUUACUUGCCAAAGAUUAUUUCAUGAAUAUAUAGGAAACUAAUUAUCCUAAAACCAUAAUAUUCAAAAACAUAACAUUAUUAUCAGUUGACAUACAAACAAUCUUUUUAGAUUUAGGUUUAGGCUAUCAAGAUUAUGUUGAGAUAAAUACAGUAAAAAUAUAAUCAAAUAAUAUUAAUUAAAAUAUCAUUAAAGUUUCAUAAAAUAAUGAAUAUGGUGAACUUAAAUUAAAGAAUGUUAUUUUGAGUGGUAGUUAAAUAUCAGAUUCUUAAUAUAUUUUUGAUUUUGAAAGAGUUCUUCUCUUAGAAAUUAAUAACUUUUAAAUGUUUUAAACUAUUUUGAUUAAUACAACCUUAAUCUUAUUAAAUAGAAAUAGUUAAUUAGAAAAUAUUAAAUUUUAAGAUAGUUAAUUUCUUAAGAAAUCUAUUGGUAUGAAAAAUAAUAAUAAUUUCUAUGAAUACAAUAUUAAUUAGAUAUUUACAAAUAUAUUAUUUGAGAAUAAUCAAUAUGAUAAUUUAAUCUAAUUUAUAUACUUAAAGAAAUAUUUAAGUUAAUAAUCAAAUAUUACAAUUAAUUAUUUAAAUUAAAUAAAUAAUUAUUUUAUUAAAGAUUCAUUAAAUUAAUAUAGAAAACAAGUUAAUUUUUCAUUAAUUAUCAUUUAAUAUGAUUAUGUGAAAAUAUCUAAUUUAGUUAUUGAACGUGGUUUUGGUUUAAAUGAUAUUACACUUUAUGAUUGUUAAGAGAUUAAAAUUUAAAAUGGUACUUUUCAACAAUAGAAAUAUCGAUUUUUAGGAUUACAUAAAUAUAUAGAUUGUUAAUUAAAAUAAGUUAAUGCUUAAUAUUAUUCAACUACAUUAAGUAUUGCUACAACUAAAAUAAUAGAAUUGAAAAAUCUAACAUUCUCUAAAGUUCAAUCUUACAACUCUCCCAUAAUAGCAAUCGAUUCUGCUGAUUAAAAAUUAAUUAAUUAAAGUGAAAUUAUUAUAUUAUAGGAUAUAUCAUUUAGUUCUAAUAUAAUUCUAUUUACAGAAUUGAUAUUUAAAUCCUCACUAAUUUCUAUAUCUUCAUAUUAACAAAACAAUAUAAAAAUAAACAAUAUUACAUUCCAAAAUAAUGUUUACAAUCAAUAUACUUAAUUUGAUUUAACAACUACUGCAGGAUUAUUAUUAAUUAUUUGUCCUUAUUGUAAAGUACAAUUAAUCAAUUCACUCUUCUUAAACAAUAUAGUAUUAAACAGUAGAUCAAGUAUUAUUUAUAUUCAAACAUAGAACUUAUAAAUUACUGAUUGUAAUUUUUACAAUAAUAGUAUAUUUAUAUAUAAUGUACUCUAACCUCACAUAUAUUGGGGUUUUACUUCUCAAAUAUCAGAAUAAGUUAUUGAAUCAAAUUUUGAAUCGAAAUCUAAAUCUGGAAUUGGAGAAUUAUUAGUUGAAUAAAUCUUGAUUUAAAAUAACAGUUUUAUAAAUUCAUCAGGAUCAACUGGAGGAUGUUUCUCUGUUUUCUCUUAUGGAAGUUCUGAGAUUUUGAUAUAAAAUAACCUUUUUGAAUCAAUUUCUACUAAAUUUCUAAAUGAUUUAGAAUAUGGAGGUGUCAUUUAUAUAGAUGGAUCAUCUUCUUCAUAACUUAAAGUAGAAAUAAAUAACAAUAUUGGCAAUAGAAUAUACUGUAGAGGAUUUGGAGGUUUUGUAUAUUUGAAAUCUAAUACAUCUUAAUCAAAUUUAACAAUUUUAAAUUUAAAUUUAGAGGAUAUAUAUGCUCAAUAAGGAUCAGCAAUCUAUGUUUCUUAUUCAAAAUUUGUAGAAAGUCCUUAAAUUUUAUUAGUUUAAAAACUUUUUGUAUCCAAUACUUAAAUUGGUUAUCUUAAUUUUUUAAAUAAAUUUAAAGAAUUUUCUAGUCAAUAAGAAAUCUAGUAUUUAAUAAAUAAUAGAUCUCUUAUAUAUUUAGAACAUGGAUCUUUGAUUUAAAUAAAUGAAGUUAAGAUAAGUAAUAUAAUUUUAGAAUCUUUAUUGAUUUUGUAACAAUCUAAAUCAGUUUAUCUAUCUCAAAUUUAAGUGUAAAAUUCUUACAUUAGUAAUAAUUUAAUAUCAGUAUUUUCAUUUACAAGUAGAUAUAUAUAAUAUUAAUUUAGCAACUAAUCAGGAAUUAAUUCUUUAGAAUUCAAUAUUCAGAUCUAUUUAAAUUGGAUUUAACUUUACUAAUGAAACUGAUAUCAAAUGUAUAAACAUAAAUCCAUCAUCAAAUGAUAUGAUAUAUUAAUGUUUAAAUGAUUUCAUUAAAGCUCCUAUUCAAUUAAAUAGUAAUGAAUAAAAAGGAUAUUAUAAUAAAGCCUAUUGUGUAUUUUAAGAAAUGAUUUCAUAUAUAGAUUAAUAGAAUUCAGGAUUAAUUUUAUUUAAUAAUUUUACUAACCAAAAUAAAAUUUAAAUUAAUUCUGUUACAUUAGUUGAUAUAAUUUGUACAAUAUGUUAAAAUGGACUAAUAUAUUUAUAAUUCUAACCUUAAGUAUCUUUAAUUUAAUAGUAAUUGAUUACAUCACUCUAUGUACAAAAUUGUUCUUGUGGUAAAUAAGGAUGCUUAAAUGUUAUACAACUAUCAAAUAACGAUAAUAGAAUUCUCAAUUAAUAAGAACUUUAUUCUUUAAAUUAUGAGUUAAAAAUAAGAUACUAUAUUUGUUAGUAUAAUAUUGCUACAUAAGGAACUUGUUUAAAAAUAAAUUCAUUCUUGGCUCUAUUAUAAGAUAGUCUUUUUUAAUUCAAUGAAGCUUUUCAAGAAGGAGGGUCUAUUUAUAUAAAAGGAAAUAAAAAUUUAAUAAUUGAAGAUAGUGUAAUUUAAUUCAAUAAGGGAUCUAUUGGAGGAGGAUUGUAUUUUUCAGAUUAAGUUGCAAUAAAUUUAUUGGAUAAUAAAACUAAAAUAAUAAAGAAUUCUGCAGAAUUUUAUGGAAAUAAUAUAGCUUCUAAUCCUUAAUAACUUACAAUAUAAAUAAGAAAGGAUUCUUAAGCAUUAUCUGCAAUAACUAAAAUUUCAAAUUCGACUAUAAAAAUAUAAGAAAUUUAAUUAAAACCAUAUAUUGGUUUAAAUGGAAAUAUAUUGAAACAUAUAUAUUUACCAACAGGAUAGAAAAUAUCAUCUUAUAAAAUUUUUGAUUGGAAAAACAAAUUGUAUUAUUAAUCAAAUUAGAUUUUGAGAAUAUUAGCUUUAGAUGGUGAUCUAAAUAUUAUUUAAAAUCUAAAAAAUACUGAAUGUUUUAUAGAAAGUAGAAUAUUUGAUGAAUCAAAAUAAGAGGAUUAAGAUUUUACAAAUAAUUAUACUAAUAUUUAACGAAUAAGUUUUAAUUUAGAUACAUAAACUUAUAAUCUUGAUGAUUUAAUUGUUUAUUUUGAUAAUUCUGUUCCUCAAGAGAUUGUUCUUUAAUUGUAGUUUACUNAAUUUUAUUUAAUAAUUUUACUAACCAAAAUAAAAUUUAAAUUAAUUCUGUUACAUUAGUUGAUAUAAUUUGUACAAUAUGUUAAAAUGGACUAAUAUAUUUAUAAUUCUAACCUUAAGUAUCUUUAAUUUAAUAGUAUUAUUAAGUUAUUAUUUAAAUAUAUUUAAUUUUACUUUAAAUUUUAAUAUCCUAUAAUUGAUUACAUCACUCUAUGUACAAAAUUGUUCUUGUGGUAAAUAAGGAUGCUUAAAUGUUAUACAACUAUCAAAUAACGAUAAUAGAAUUCUCAAUUAAUAAGAACUUUAUUCUUUAAAUUAUGAGUUAAAAAUAAGAUACUAUAUUUGUUAGUAUAAUAUUGCUACAUAAGGAACUUGUUUAAAAAUAAAUUCAUUCUUGGCUCUAUUAUAAGAUAGUCUUUUUUAAUUCAAUGAAGCUUUUCAAGAAGGAGGGUCUAUUUAUAUAAAAGGAAAUAAAAAUUUAAUAAUUGAAGAUAGUGUAAUUUAAUUCAAUAAGGGAUCUAUUGGAGGAGGAUUGUAUUUUUCAGAUUAAGUUGCAAUAAAUUUAUUGGAUAAUAAAACUAAAAUAAUAAAGAAUUCUGCAGAAUUUUAUGGAAAUAAUAUAGCUUCUAAUCCUUAAUAACUUACAAUAUAAAUAAGAAAGGAUUCUUAAGCAUUAUCUGCAAUAACUAAAAUUUCAAAUUCGACUAUAAAAAUAUAAGAAAUUUAAUUAAAACCAUAUAUUGGUUUAAAUGGAAAUAUAUUGAAACAUAUAUAUUUACCAACAGGAUAGAAAAUAUCAUCUUAUAAAAUUUUUGAUUGGAAAAACAAAUUGUAUUAUUAAUCAAAUUAGAUUUUGAGAAUAUUAGCUUUAGAUGGUGAUCUAAAUAUUAUUUAAAAUCUAAAAAAUACUGAAUGUUUUAUAGAAAGUAGAAUAUUUGAUGAAUCAAAAUAAGAGGAUUAAGAUUUUACAAAUAAUUAUACUAAUAUUUAACGAAUAAGUUUUAAUUUAGAUACAUAAACUUAUAAUCUUGAUGAUUUAAUUGUUUAUUUUGAUAAUUCUGUUCCUCAAGAGAUUGUUCUUUAAUUGUAGUUUACUUGUAAUUCAAUUAAAGUUCCUAUUUACAAUACUUAAUAUCCAUAUGAAAUUAUUGAUUAUCAUUCAAAUUAUAAACUUAGAGUUAAUGUAAAAACAUAUGAAUGUCAAUAUGGAGAAAUUAAAAAUAUGACAGGUUUCUCAUGUGAAAAAUGCGAUUCUGAUUAAGGUUUAUACUCAUUAACACUAAAAUCAUAAAAAUGUGAUAUUAAAGAUGAGAUAACAACUUUGAGUAUUAAAGAUAAUCAAUUAGUAUUGAGACAAGGAUACUGGAGACCAUAUUUUGAUACAAGAGCAAUUCAUUUUUGUCUUAAUCUACAAAAAAAUUGUUUGGGAGGAAUAAAGGAAGGGGAUAGUUCAUGUUAUAUAGGUCAUAUUGGUGCACUUUGUGAAUAAUGUGAUCUAUAUAAUAUAAGAGGAGAUGGAUAAUAUUCAAUUGUUAAGAAAUUUUAAUGUGGUCCUUGUGCUGAGAAAGAGAGAAAUAUAUUUGUAAUUUUAGGAAUAGUUAUUUUGACUCUUGUAUUUCUUUUGAUUUCAAUUUAAGGAAAUAGGAAAACAAUGGAAGAAUUUACAAAAUCUUCAGUUUUUAAAAUAUAUAGAUAUUAAGUUUAUUUGAACAAGAAUUAAUCUGGAACUUUAAUUAAGAUGUUAACUAAUUACUUUCAAAUUAUUGUUUCCAUUACUACAUUUUAAUUAUAAUUUUCUACAGGAUUAAAUAAUACUUUAAAUGUUGUUGGAAAUCCACUUUAAACUUCAUCUUAUUCUCUUGAUUGUUUCUUAGUUGAAUUCAAAGACUUAUAAAUAGAAUAUGCUCGAAUGAUUUGGUAGAUGAUUUUACCUUUAUUGUAUAUCAUUGUUUUUAUUUGUAUCUACUUUCUAGCUAUUUUAAUAAAGAAGGAUAAAUUUAACCCUAGUAUUGCUGCAACAGCUGCAAUUUAUAUCUACAUCUAUGUAUAACCAAAUUUAAUUAAUGGAUUCAUUGAACUUAUUUCAUACAGAAAUAUUUCAGGUUUCAAAUGGAUUUAAGCUAAUGUAUCUUAAAGAUAUGAUACUAUAACACAUACAAGGUGGAUGUUCGAAUUUUGUUUACCUCUUAUUACAUUAAUAGCAAUCAUAAUCCCAUGUUUCUUUUUCUUUGGACUUUAUACUAAUAAAUAUCAUUUUUAAAAGAAAAGUGUAAUGUCACGUUGGGGUUAUUUAUAUAAUGAAUAUAAAAAAGAGGCUUAUUUUUGGGAAUUGAUUAAAAUUAUCUAGAAGGAAUUAAUUAUACUCUCACUUGUUUAUUAUGAAGAUACAGUUGUUAUGAAAGGAAUACUUGUACUUUUUAUAACAUAUGUUUAUUAAGAAUUAAAUGCUCUCUAUUAACCAUAUCAAUUAAAUAAUCUAAAUUAAUUGGAUUAUUAUUCAGCAAAUAUAAGUAUGAUUACUAUUGGAUUAGCCAUAGGAACUUAUAUAUCUUAAUAAGUCCACCUUAUAGAACUUUAGAUACCAUUCUUUUUUAUAAUGGCCUUAUAAAACUUUCUAUUUCUAAGUAAAAUUAUUAGUAAAAUCAUAUUGGAAUACUCUAAAUAAUAUGAAAUUUUAUUAGAUAAAAUUAAGGAAAUAAUUAAAAAAAGAUUCCCAUAAAUUGAUCAAUAUCCAUUUUUGAAAAGACUAUUUAAAAGUAGAGUAGAAUAAAGAAAGAAUGCUUUAUUGUUGUUUUAAAAACUAAGAAAUUUUGGAAUUCCUUUUGCAAAAUAAAUUAUUUAAAUGAGAUAAACUAAUUUUGAUUAAAACAGCUCAAAAAGAAAAUCAAUAUCAACUUAGGAUGGAUUUUAUAAUAGCAAAAAUAAGGGAAUUUAAUAUUAGAAAAGUGUUCUUAAAAUUAAAUCUAUUUCUAAAAAAAUAUGA